AUCUCUCUAUCUCUAACACAAUCAAGAACGAUGAUGAUGGAGGAGAAGAAGGAGCAAAAAGAAAACAUAUUCCGAUCAAAGUUGCCGGACAUCUACAUCCCAGAUCAUCUCCCACUUCAUAGCUAUUGUUUUGAAAAAAUCUCAGAAUUUAGUUCCCGGCCUUGUCUUAUCAACGCCUCCAACGACCAAAUCUACACCUACUCCGAGGUAGAGCUAACUUCUAGAAGAGUAGCCGCGGGUCUAAACAACCUAGGCAUAAACAAAGGCGAUGUUAUAAUGAUCCUCCUCCACAACUCCCCGGAGUUCGUGUUCUCGUUCCUCGGCUCCUCCUAUCGAGGGUCCAUCGCCACCGCCGCCAACCCAUUAUACACUCCCGCCGAAAUCGCCAAACAAGCCUCAGUCGCCAAGGCAAAGCUCAUCAUAACCAAAUCAUGUUAUGUCGAGAAAAUCUCCGAAUUCGCGAAGAUAAAUGGAGUGAGGAUCGUAUGCAUUGAUAAUAAUAAUCAUGAAUUUCUCCGUUUCUCCGAUCUUACUGAUGCCAGUGAACACGAUAUCCCCGAGGUUGAUAUAAACCCUAACGAUAUAAUAGCUCUUCCUUUCUCGUCGGGGACAACCGGUUUGCCCAAGGGUGUGAUGCUGACUCACAGGGGACAAGUCACCAGCGUGGCGCAGCAGGUUGACGGCGACAAUCCAAACCUCUAUUUCAAAAGUGAUGAUGUUAUCAUGUGCUUUCUUCCAUUGUUUCAUAUAUACUCCCUCAACUCGGUUCUCUUGUGCGGGCUUCGCGUUGGGGCGGCGAUCUUAAUCAUGGAGAAGUUCGAGAUCGUUCAUUUGAUGGAGUUAGUGCAGAGAUAUAAGGUGACGGUCGCUCCGAUUGUACCAACAAUCGCACUAGCGAUCGCAAAGAGUCCGGUUGUGGAUAAUUAUGACCUAUCGUCGAUCCGGAUAGCAAUGUCCGGCGGGGCGCCAAUGGGGAAGGAGCUGGAGGAUGCGGUUAGACCUAAGCUUAAGAAUGCUGUACUAGGACAGGGUUAUGGGAUGACCGAGGCUGGGCCGGUUCUUGCCAUGUGCCUCGGGUUUGCUAAGGAGGCUUGGGAGGUAAAAUCUGGAGCUUGUGGAACGGUCGUGAGGAACGCUGAGAUGAAGAUUGUUGACCCUGAUUCCAAUGUCUCGCUUUCGAGGAACCAGCCCGGAGAGAUUUGGAUUCGAGGUCAUCAAAUCAUGAAAGGUUACCUAAAUGACCCAAUAGCGACACAAGAAACAAUCGAUUCAGACGGAUGGCUUCACACGGGUGAUAUCGGUUACAUAGACGAAAACGAUGAGGUCUUCAUCAUUGACCGAUUGAAAGAAAUGAUCAAAUACAGUGGCUUUCAGGUUGCCCCAGCUGAGCUCGAAGCCAUGUUGAUUUCCCACCCAAACAUAGCUGGAGCUGCAGUUGUAGCAAUGAAAGAUGAACGUGCAGGAGAAAUUCCAGUUGCAUUUAUAGUUAAAUCGAAUGGUUCAGAAAUAAAUGAGGAAGAUAUUAUGAAAUACAUAUCAGAUCAGGUUAUAUACUACAAGAGAAUAAGAAAAGUGUUCUUCACCGAUGAGAUUCCAAAAGCUCCUUCGGGUAAAAUCCUUCGAAAAAACCUAAGAGCAAGGCUUGAAAAUUGAUCGGGAUGAGA